GAAGUAAAUCCUACAUGGAGCGACGAGAAACUCUUUCAAGAAGCACGAAGGAUUGUUAUCGCGCAAAUUCAGCACAUUACCUAUAACGAAUUCGUACCUAUCAUAGUUGGUAAGGAUAACCUACGGAGAUACUCGUUGGACUUGCAAACAAACGGAUACGACAGUCGGUACGAUAUGAACAUCGAUAGUUCAACGCUGAACGUGUUUGCAUCAGUCGUAGGACAAUUUUUUCUUGCUCUUUUUCCUGAUCAUAUCUCAUUAACUGAUAGUUUCGGGAAUCACAAGCGAGAUGAACCCUUAGGAAAGGUCUUCAAUGAGCCUUCCUUUAUCUAUCAAAGGAAUCGCUUUGAUGCCGUUUUGCGAUUCUUGACACAAACACCAAUUAUGAAGCCCGGAUUACACCUUACUCCGGAAUUGAGGAAUGCCUUUAAAAAAGGACAAUUUGGGCAUGGCAUUGACAUGGCCGCCUUUCUUAUCCAAAUGGGCAGAGAUCAUGGUAUUCCUAGCUACUUGCAGUGGAGGCGAUAUUGCAAUCUGGACAAUGCUCAGUCGUUUGCAUCCAUGUCCAACAACGUGAGUAAAAUACUGGGUUGCUGUUGCUCGUGCGGCUUUUUUGCACUUGGAAAAGCUCGUCUAAUCAGAGCUGGAUAUCAUACCCGCUACCUGCUUCAGUUCCUCCCAUCUAUCAAUGCAUCUUUGCUCGAACGGUUCUAUGAAUCGCCUGAAGAUGUGGACUUAAUUGUUGGAGGACUUGCUGAGACGCCAUCGCGUGGAGCCCUUCUUGGGCCCACUCUUUCUUGCCUAUUCGCUGAACAGAUGCAAAAGGUGGGAAGGAUUAGGAUUUAA